UAUUGAUAAGUUAAAGUUUAUGCUGGGGAGAAAAUCAUUGUGACUAAUAUUUAUUUGAACAAAUAACACGAAUUGCAACAGAUAAUAGGCCAGCUCGAAAGCGCGAUAAUCAUAUCUUCAUUCAAAAAGCCUACACACUUUUGUAAACCCUACACACUUUUGUAAAUAUUUCAAUAUUUUCAAUUGGUUUAGGUGCCCUGCUUCAGUUCGAUAUGAUAUGUCCAUUUUUUAAUAAAUAAAAUUAUGUGUUUUGACACAUAGAACCAUUUGGGUUUCAACAUCUCCGAUCAUUUGGGAGUUUUAGUUUUAAAUUUACAACUUUCGCAAUUUUCAAAGAAGCUUAAACGCAAGUGGGGUUUGUUAAGUCAUAUGCCAACAUAACUAAUUCAACUAUUCUAACUUAUCAUCCUCUAUAUCAAGUAUAAAGUUUAACUACUCCACAUGCAUGGUUCCUUCGACAAAAACCUUUUAAAGUUUUUUACCUCAAGAUUUUUAUACCAAAUUAGACAGGGUUUUGUUCUCCAAAUCUGGAAAGGUCUAUGUUCGUUUGGUGGAUUAGGAAGGUUAAAUGCAUGGAUCCAUAAAGAAUAUCCUUUGUGUAAUGGAAUUAUAUAACACUCAAAAGGAUACCUUUAGCAAGUACAAUUGCGAUAAUGACCUUAUCACAACCACUUUAUGUCCCACAUGCAUGCAAUAUAUAUACACACUCAGUCAUUGCUCUUAAACCUCACCAAACUAUUCAUUCUUUCAUCCCAAGAAACUCAAAUAGCCCUAACUUCCUGUACAAGAAACCUAUAAACCCUUCAAAAAUAGAAAGAAAAUGAAGUCUGGUCAGGCUGAAAUCGCUGAAACAAGCAAAGGUAUCCAAAAGAGAGGUUUGAUGAGCAGAAAAAUUGCGAUUUUCGAGUUUAUCCUAAGGAUCAUCGCCUUUUUCAACACCAUAAGUAGUGCAAUCCUCAUGGCAACCACAAAUGAAACUCUGCCUUUCUUUACUCAGUUCAUACGGUUCCAUGCAGAUUACAACGAUCUUCCAGCUUUAACGUUCUUUGUGGUUGCAAAUGCUGUUGUAAGUGGCUACCUAAUCUUGACUCUACCUUUAGCAUUUGUCCACAUCGUCAAGAAAAAGACAGAGAACAGUAGAAUACUUCUUAUCAUUCUUGAUGUGGCAAUGGUAGGUCUUCUAGCUUCUGGAGCAGCCUCAGCAGCGGCUAUUGUCUACUUGGCACACAAAGGGAACAAUAACACAAACUGGUUCCCUGUUUGUCAGCAAUUCAACUCCUUCUGUGAGCGUAUCUCAGGGUCUUUGAUUGGAUCUUUCAUCGCCGUUGCCCUCCUUAUUUUUCUCAUUAUCCUAUCGGCUAUUGCCCUUUCUCGACGCCAUUGAAGAUAUGAUCUUAACUUGAAGGGUUUUGCUUUUCAUCUGAUUUAAGAUAUACAUGGUUUGGUAUGUAAAGUGUGAGCUCGAGCUUUCAGUGUGUGUGUCCUAUGCAUUUGUGGUUGUUCUUUUCUCAUCUCCACUGUGAUGUAUGUAACGGUUUAUUUUGUCAAAAUUUGUGUGUGUUUUAACCAUCAAUUCAAUAUCUUAUUCUCCUUUUCAUCUAUGCUAAAUCUAGAAUCAUGAAAUCAACAUAAUAGAUGGUGACAAGACAAAAAAAAAGCUAUGUUUUAUUACGUCAACAGGUUACAUAUAUGUUACACAAUGAUGUUAAAGAAUCUAAUCAUUGUGUAAUAUAUCAUUGUAGGCUAUUCCAUUCCGGUUAACCGGUAUGAAUUUAAUUUUAAUCUGGUUAAUGUUUCAAAAGAUAAUGUUGCAGCAGCAAAAACGUAAGAGAAGUUUCAUGAAUACGUGUGUAAGUAGACGAGUGUUGAUUUGCCUAACGGCAAUUUUAAGACAGGUAAAUCUUGUACCGUAGCUGCUCUUGUUGGUGGUGGAACACUAGUGUCUGUUUCUCUCAGUUGCUGCAUUACUCACUUGAAGUUGACUUUUCAAGAGAUUGAUCCGUCACUACUCAACCCUGUGUUAAGUUUAGUCCUUCCACAAUUGAUUGCUCUGUUUAUCCAAAGUUGUUUUUUGCACAAUUGUUUCUCUCUACGUUUUCUUUUCGCGAGAUCUUGUUAGUUGGUUGGUUGUUUGUUGCCAGAUUAACUUCUCAAUAAUAAUACCUUAUGUUUUGCCUUUUGUGGUUAACAUGGCUGUUAUGUUGUUUGGUCUCUUUUCCUUUGUUGACUUGUAGUUGGGAGCUUGAUUACUAAGAGAUGAUAUGACUGCCACCAGAAAGUUAGUUUAGACUACACUUACAAAUAAUCUUUUUUUUUUAUCAAGAAACCAAGAAGUUCUUUGGUUAGUGAUUUUUUUUCGUUAAGGAGCAGAGCGAUUUUAGUAUUAUUAGGAGUUAUAUCAUAUAACUAUCAUGAAUUUCAGUAUUAAAGGAAGCUAGUUUGUUAUCUGGUUAUUUUCCAUUGAAAGAGUUGCUUAAGGUAGUGAUUAAAGACUUGUUUUCCACGCCUUAAUUGCUAAUCUAAUGUCUUUUUUUCUCAAGUUAUGUUGAAAGUGGACCUAGUCUAUAUCUCAUUUUUUUUGUAUUACAUGAUAGUUUGUUAGAAGUUUUAAAUGUAAACGUGUUCCUAUGCACCACCUGAAAAAGCUUCAGCAACUAACAAACCAAGCUAAAAGUGUUAAAACCUUUUCAGUCUGGCGUUUCAGAUUGAGCAUGAUGCAAAGUACUCUCUUCUCACAUGGCAGUUUAUUAUUUCACAUGUGUGACUUCUUGAUUUUUGCAAUGGCUGAUCAAGUACACUAAUGCAGGAGAUUUGUAGCAUCAAUGUGGGAAGCCGUGGAUCGAUACAAUAUGGACAAGUGGCAUCAUUUAUGAAGGAAAUAUUGAAGUAUGUUAGGACCAUACAGAGUGUACAAGCUGUCAAUAUGGAGUCAGCAAAACAUUUAUAGAGGUUUGUCCCCAUUGUCUUUUACAUCAUUUGCAGCCAAGAUGGUUUUAUUUACAUCCUUGAGCUCUCUCUCUCUUCUUCAGCUUUCAUAUUCACAUUUAUUCAUUUUCCUUUUUCUUUUCUUAUAAAUCUGAUUUCUUUUUGUUUUUUAUUUGGACAAAUCUUUAUGACUUUGUCUUAUCGUUCUCUGAUUCGAUGAAGAUACUUCUUGUACCCCACAAGCUUGAAGCCCACCUCAAUAAAUCCAUCUUAAUUUUGCCUUCAUGGAACACAUUGAGCUACUCUUCCUUGUUUGCAUGGUCUAGUAAAAUCAAAAUCUCUUCAAUGUCACCGUUGGCCUUCAUAAAUCAUCUACAUUUCGUGGCAGGAAAUUUACCUUACUGAUAACAUUUGUACUCCUGCAAGGUACCAUAACUAAUAUAAGAUCAAAUCAAGGUAUGACUUCUUGAAUUUUUUAAACCAGAAAAAUGAGAUUAAUAUGCCUAUGCACCAUUACUUAAAACAUCAAUCCAAGCCGAUUUGGGUUUUGGUUAAGAUAACAUUGUUUGUUUUCGUUUGAUCUAACGUGAAAAUUUUGACACUCGACUGACUUGACACCAAGAACAGUGUAGCAGCCAAUGAACAUUUCAUUAAAUUACGAAGAGAUGGAUCACUGCACAAGGGAAGGCUUUUCAGCAAGAAGUACUUUAUCUCUCCACAACCCACAUAAUGCUCCUUAAACCAUUUUAAGGUUAGAGAGUUUCCUUAACUUCUUGCACAAGUAUAUAGUUUCAUGUGUUGUGGAAGAAACAUCUCUCCACGCAACUAUAUUUGAACCAAUACUACUAUAGUAGGUAGAGGGAUUAUCUAGUGCAUUCCUAAUACAGUGUUGGGAUUAUCUAGUGCAUUCCUAAUACAGUGUUACAUGUGACUUUUAUUGUAGCCAUAAUGUUUCUAUUAGUUUUCUUACACAGGAUAGAAUUUUACCAUUUUCAUAGAAAUGAAACAAUAGAGAAAAGAAGGUCGUUGCAUAAAUUAAUUUACUUCAUCUACUAAGUCUUCUCUGACUUUUAUGCUCUCUGUCUCAUUGAUUUGCUACUGUAGUGUCAGUUUCCUCUUAGCCACCACUUUUUUUAACAGCAUUUACUAAUUUGCUCUUUCUAGUAAAGGUUGAUGAGAGAAAAGUGUAAAAUUGAAACCAGUUUGUACGUUAUAUACAUAGAGAGAAAAACAAUGAGAACGUUUGUGGAGGACUUAGACAAAUCAAAGGCCUCUUUUUUCAAACAUAGUCUACAAAUAGAUUAGUUGAAUUUUUUAGUCUUUUGGUAACUUCUAUAGGGCCUAAGAA